AUGCAGAAAGAGGCGCAAGAAUUCGUAAGGAAGUGUGACCAGUGCCAAAGGUUCGCCCCGAAUAUACAUCCGCUAGGCGGAAACCUUAAUCCGCUGUCCAGCCCCUGGCCAUUCGUACAGUGGGGCCUAGAUAUCCUAGGACCAUUCCCUAAAGCAGCGGGGAACAAAAGAUUUCUUCUUGUCGACACGGAUUAUUUCAUAAAAUGGGUCGAAGUUGAGCCGCUGGCAAACAUUAGAGAUGUUGAUGCCAAGAAGUUUGUUUGGAAAAAUAUCGUCACUAGAUUCGGAAUCCCUCACACCCUAAUCUCGGACAACGGUCUCCAAUUUGAUAGUAAAGCUUUCAGAAGAUAUUGUAGCGAGUUGGGAAUUGCUAAUAGAUACUCCACACCGGCUUACCCGCAGGGUAAUGGGCAGGCUGAAGCCAUCAACAAAACCAUAGUGAAUGGGUUGAAAAAGAGGUUAGAUGACACAAAGGGAAGAUGGGUAGAAGUGUUGCCCCAUGUCUUGUGGACGUACCGCACCACGCCUCGUAGUUCCACAGGGGAAACCCCCUUUUCGAUGACCUAUGGGACCGAGGCUGUUAUUCCUUUGGAGAUAAACUUCCUAACACAGAGGACCAGUGCAUUCUGCCCCAAUGCUAACAACGUACUGCUGGAAAAGAGCUUGGACCUCAUCGAGGAAAAAAGAGAGAGUGCAAUGGUCCAACUCGCCUACUACUAG